AUGAUUGAAACUACAAUAUCUUUAAUCUAGAAAUGCUAAAUGCUUGAAAACAAGUAAACUAGUUGCGGAGAUAUUAAUUAUAAAUAAUGCUAAAAUGUGCCAAAUACUUUAGCAAACAAUGGAAUCAUUAGAUUAAACAAGAAAAUAGAUAGAUUUGAGAACGAAUAGAAGAUUGAGAAAACUUAUGGAGAUUUUGUUGAUUUAGAAUAAUGA